AUGCGGAGUACCAACGUACUAGUUGUACUAGUUGUACUAGUUGUCAGAAAGCAUGAUGUAGGCGAAGCAGCUGAGGACGACGUUAGUUUUGACCAAAACUACGUUGUCAGAUAUGGAAAUGAUCAUUUCUUGAAACUAAACCAAGGAAGAGAUGUUCAUAUUUCUUUGAACCAAACUACGGGAUCUGGAUUUAAUUCCAAGAACGGAUAUGGUUCGGGUUUCUUUGAAAUGAAGCUGAAAUUGCCAUCAAGCCAUUCUCCAGGAGUUGUCACAACAUUUUAUUUAACUUCACAUCCAGAUAAUAAGCCUGGAAACCAUGACGAGCUAGACUUCGAGUUCUUGGGUACCGAUGGGCCAAAUUAUACCUUACAAACAAAUAUUUUUGCAAAUGACAAUGGGGAGAGAGAGCAGAGGCUUCAUCUUCGGUUUGACCCCACCGAGGAUUUUCAUAAUUAUGGAAUCCUAUGGAACUAUCGCCAAGUAGUGUUUUGUGGAUAUAACAUCCCAAUUAGAGUGUUCAAGAACAAUACAAUGUUGGGAGCAAGGUACCCUGAACUGAAGAUGUUUGUGGAAGGAAGCACAUGGAAUGGAGAAUCUUGGGCAUCACAUGGCAGAAAAGUAAAUUGGUCUCAGUCACCUUUCCAAGCACAUUAUCAAAAAUUUAAUAUAAAUGGAUGCCAAUUUGGAGCCAAAUGCUCUUCUCAAUCCCAUAACUAUUGGUGGAACGACAAAGAUUACUGGGAACUGACCGCAGAGCAGCAAAGAUCUUAUGAGAAUGUGACUCAGAAAUAUCUGUUUUAUGAUUAUUGUUCUCUCAGAAGAGAAAAAUUCAAGGAAUGCCAAAUAUUUGCAGCUGAAAAUGAUGACAUUGCUUUCGAUAAAAAAUAUGAGUUCAUAUGGGGAAAUGAUCACAUCUUGUCUCUGAAUCAAGGGAGAGAACUCCAGCUUACUUAUGAUGAUUAUCACGUUUCUUUCUAUCAAGUAAAUGGCAUGUGCCCUAUAGGGUGUAAAUUUGCUUCGUACCUAAACUACAGUUCUGGGUUCUUCCAUAUGAGGAUGAAGAUACCAGGGAAUAAUAAUACUGCAGGAGUUGUCACAAGUUUUUAUCUAAUGUCAAAGGCUAGUGCUAGUCAGCAUGAUGAACUGGACUUUGAGUUCUUGGGUAACAUAGAAGGCCAGCAAAUCACAUUGCAAACAAAUGUGUUUGUAAAUGGUGUGGGGGACAGAGAGCAAAGGAUUAACCUAUGGUUUGACCCAGCAGGAAAUUUCCACGAUUACAAAAUUAUUUGGAACCCUCAUCAAGUUGUAUUUUUCAUCGAUGACACCCCAAUUAGGGUUUUCAAAAAUUACACAAACUAUGGAGUUCCGUACCCGACGCAGCCAAUGCGAAUCGAAGCAGCCUUGUGGACUGCAGAUUGGGCAACUUUCGGGCAUAAGAUAAAUUGGACUUACGCACCAUUUGUAGCUCACUGCCAAGGAUUUGACAUAAGUGGGUGCUCAGCACAGAACGCCGAUGUUGAAGAAUGUUAUAGCUCCAAUCAGUGGUGGAACAACAUGGAGUAUUGGAACCUAAAUUCUACCCAACAGAAGGCAUAUGAGAAUGUGAGAAAGAAAUACAUGAACUACGACUACUGUGAUGACAAGGCUAAGUACCCUUCCGGGCUUCCCCGAGAGUGCGUUAUUCAGAAAAAUGGUCGGCUACAUAAUGGUCAGAAAUAUUAGAAUACAAAUAAACAAGGGAAACAAUUUACCAAAAGAAUAAAGGGAGAAAUAAUACUUGUAAUAAAGUACCAAUUGGUGCUGUAGCUAUCUCAGAUGAAAUUUAUUGGUAUUUUCUGA